AUGGACUGGAAGACGUUCGAGGCGCUGCUUAGCGGGGUCAAUAAAUACUCUACCGCGUUUGGACGGAUCUGGCUCGCGGUAGUCUUCGUGUUUCGCGUCAUGGUCUUCGUCGUGGCCGCAGAACGCGUCUUUAGUGAGGACCAGAAAGACUUUGACUGCAACACCCGGCAACCCGGCUGUGCCAACGUCUGUUACGACCACUUCUUCCCUGUCUCUCACACCCGGCUCUGGGCACUCCAGCUCAUCUUCGUCACCUGUCCCACCUUCCUGGUCGUGAUGCACGUGGCGUACCGCGAGGAACGCGAACGCAAGUACCGCAUCGCACACGGCGAGAACGCCCGUCUCUACGACAACACAGGACAGAAGCACGGAGGACUCUGGUGGACGUAUCUCCUCAGCCUCUUCUUCAAGACGACCAUCGAGGUGGCGUUCCUCUACCUCCUCCAUCUCAUCUACAACAACUUUGACCUGCCGCGACGCGUCAUGUGCGACCUCUGGCCUUGUCCUAACCAGGUGGAUUGCUACAUCGGCCGGCCCACAGAGAAGAGGGUGUUUACCUACUUCAUGGUAGGGGCGUCGGCUGUGUGUAUAGUGCUCAACGUGUGUGAGAUCUUUUACCUGAUAGCCAUCCGGUUGCUGAGGAUCAGUCAUCGGGGAAGCCUCCAUACCUCCCCCAACAUUAGGUGCUCUGAGCUGGACUGUGAUGGGUGUCAGACGCUGGCGACGACAGCAGAGUACCAGGAGUGCAACGAGGCCAACUUAGCCAUGGAGAAGAAAA